AUGGUUUACUGCGGUAAACCCAGCAAAGGCUGCGGUGCCUGUCGCGCACGCAAAGUCAAGUGCGAUCAAGCCACGCCGUCUUGUCAGCGAUGUCUCAAGGCCAAUAGAGUAUGUCCUGGCUAUAGGGACCAAUUGUCGCUCCUGUUUCGUGAUCAGAGCAACUCGGUCGCCAAGAAGGCCAAAGCGAAUAAGAGCAGUGCCUCCUCACGCGCGGGGACACCGUUCACACUAACGGCCAUUGUACCUACGACCGGAGUAACAACACUAGGCAGCUGGGACAACUGUUCGACUCCACCAACAGACUACGAUCUGAUUCAGACUAGUGCGCGAAGCUCUCCAUCCGUCGAGAGUUCCUACAGUGGAACCUACAAUAGUUUUGACCAACGUAUAGAGGCCGAUAACUUCUCACUCACGCCCGCCCUCAUAGACCGAAGACAGCAGGCCAUAUGCUACUGUGUUAACAGUUUUAUAUGGCUUAACGGCAGUCUAAUAAAAGGAAUCGACUAUGAUGCCGACGUAUCGUCGACGUCUUCCAUGGCCCAGAGGGCUAUGAUGAAGGGUAUUCUGUCGGUGGGCAUGGCCAAUCUUUCCAGAAUAGGGGCUCAGUCUCCGUCUAUGAAAAUAACUGCCCAAGAAGAGUACUAUAAGGCAUUGAAAUGUACAAAUGCAGCUAUUUCGCAUCCUACACAGGCCACGGAUGAUGCAACGCUUACUGCGAUCCUUUGUUUGUCACUUUUUGAGAUCUUGACUAGUAAAACACCAGAGACAGUGGACGCCUUUGUCGAACAUACAAAAGGCGCCGUUGCCCUACUCGAGCUUCGGGGCAAAUCUCAGCUUGUCCGGCCUCAAGCAUUACAAAUGUUUGAGUUUAUGCGAAGUGAAAUCAUUGUCACCUGUUUAAUGAGACGUUCUCCCAUCCCUCCAACGCUACUUACACUAUCCGAAACGGCGACUAGACUCCCGAAUGCACCGGAUUCAUUCAAGAUAUCACAUCAAAUGUGCGUGCUAAUGUCUCGAGUAAACGACCUGCGCAAUGAAGAAAAGGCGAUGCUGGAUAGCACUGACUACGAUACCAUCGUCGUGUCUCGCGCAUUUGCUCUUGAUGCUGCGUUUGAGACUAUAGUAAAUGGACUGCCGCCUGAAUUUACGGCUGAAUUAUAUACCCUUCCUCCGGAUCAGUCUCUCAAACAUCCAGUAUUUCGUGACGUCCACCUCACCCCCUUGAAUGGGAUAUACCAUGUAUACCAGUCAGCUUUCAUCUGCGUAUUACAUAACCACUACCGAUACGGGCGAAUCUUCAUAAACGAAAUCCUCCUCAAUCGUCUGGCACGAAUGACUACACAACCAGAAUUUGUCCCCACGCCGGAAUUCAAGGAUCUCUGUCAUCGACUUUGCGAUACCUCUCGAAAACUCGCUAACGAUAUAUGUGCCACAGUGCCGUAUCUGUGCGGGUUUUUAGGUGACCAACAGCCAUCCAGAUCGCCAUUCAAAAGCAAUCCGGCAGGAGGGCUGGCCCUCCUGUUCCCGCUAUUCACAGCCGUGAGUGUCGAUGGACAUGGCUCUGAUACAUGUCGUUGGAUUGAGGAAACUUAUAAAAUGAUUGGCAGGCAGAUGGGGAUUGAUCAGGCUCUGGCUUUGGCGCAGCUGACGAUGGUUGAGACUGGUACGACUAAGUUUGUUGAUCGUUUAUAG